AUGGAUGAAGCGAAUAUAACAUUUGUUCCUGGUACUUUUGCCAGUACUUAUAUGAGUCCGGGUACCACUAGGCAUGGUAGAGGUGUAUUGAACAAAAUGACGGGAGAAAUCAUGGUCUCCAUACCAGAUAACGAUGAGCUUAAAUCUCUGUUCAAUAAAGUUGAUGAAGAAAUCGAAAUCGGAGUCACCAAUGCAAGUGAAACCUUUAAAAAAUAUCGUUAUGACUAUCCUUACUCAACUCAACUUGCGAAACAACUCGUCAAAGAAUGUGCAGAUCAGGUUGAUAGGGCAAGGGGCAAAAAGAGCCGUGGGAGAAUCCGAACGGUUCCGACUGAUACAUCUCCAGUGCCGUUCUCUGGAGCCUCAAACUUCUUCCAGAAUCCUGGUAGGGAAGCAAGAGCUAAUCUGUCAAACCCGGCAAGAUAUAGCGAAAUCCAAUCACAAGGAUCAUCGUCCCACAGUCAUCCGACUACCAUACUUCACAAUAGUCAAAUCCAAUUCCCAAAUGUUCGGACCGAUAAUCCCUCAGUACCGUUCUCUGAAGUAUCAAACUUCCAUCAAAUACCCGAUGAGGAAGCAAGUGCGUUUCAGACACAGUAUAAUCGAAUUCAAGAACAAGGACCAUCUGCUCAGACUCAACCAACUAUGAUGACUAUCGAGACUAUCCAACCCUUAGGGACGUACAGGGAGACAUACACUUAUUGUAACAAUCACGCUAGAGCAUGGCUGGAAAUGAGGGCAGAGGACAUGGCUCGGUUCGAUAAAGGAUCACUGGAAACCUUUUCUCAAGGAGGAAAAGUGGGCAGCGCUAAGCUGGAGACUAUUCUGGGAGAAACAAGUGCAGUUUUUGAAGAUAUCUCCCAACGCGAUGCUGGAAGAGCUCAAGAUCUAGCUCUUGAAGUCGUAAGUAGAGCUCUGGAAAUGAGAGACCAUUGGGACAAACUGCAGAAUGAGCAAUCCGCCACAAGUCAACUCGGCUUCAUUGUACCCCGUGCUUCUGCGAAUUAUACGACGGAGACUCAAAAUCCCAGUGAAUGCGAGCCUGGUGGAAAUUACUGGGUUAUCGACGAUCAAUUUCAUCCCUCACGUCCUCGCUAA